AAAUAAAUUUUAUCAGUUAAUCUAAUGUUGGAUCUAGUAUUCAUCGCUCUUCAUUCUGACCUACCAACAAAAACGUCGAAGAUGCCCAUUGCAAUUUCAAAAAAUCUUUAAUCUGUUCAUCAAUUGCUGUAAAACCUUAGUAACACACAGAUUCAUCAAAUAUUUUGCAAUGUAUUAAUUUCCCCAAAUUUGAGAAUUUCCUGAAAAUGCCACCGCCGAGUAAACCCUCCCGGAGAUUUUCUUUCUUCGGUCUCGUCACCGGGGGUGAUAAUACCGCUAAAGACGAUCUGGAGUUGCCGCAGCUGAACUUGGAAGCGGACAGGGAAGUCUAUAGACCGGGAGAUCCAUUGACUAUCACGAUUGAAAUAAAAAACCCAACACCCGAAUGGUCACUUUUGAUUGAAAAGCUUAACUUCGAGAUUAAAGGGAUUGAAAAAUUGGACCCUCAAUGGUUCAACACUCCCAAGCCCACUCCUCACUUGAAGCAACGACGAGGGGAGUAUGUUUUCAUGGAUUGCUCAACUCUCACAGUGGUUUCCAAUCAAAUUCUUUCAUGUGGGACCACUAAAACUUAUAUGGUGCGCACACUUCUGCCAACCAUUAUACCACCAUCAUACAGAGGUGCAGCCAUUCGUUAUCUGUACUAUGUAAGGUGUGCAUUGUCUGGCCAAUAUCUGAAUUUGGAAAAUGGAUCCUCUCAUGAGGGGUCAAUACGAGAUCUUUCUGAGCUGGAAUCUCGAAUACCAUUUCAAGUAUGGGUCAGUCAGGAAAACAAUGGGUUGCAGAGUGAAGAAGCUUGCAAUGACGGAAUUGUACCAGCAUCAACCAUCCUCUUAGACGUGUAUUGGAAAGAAAUGAAUGCAGAUUCUGAAUGGGCUAAAGUGAAUGAUGCUUUUGAUGGAGUUGAGGAAGGAUAUGAAAGUUCACGCGAUGAGAUCUCAUCUGUUUCUUCCUAUAAUCAUUUGAAGGAAGAUGUGCAUAAAGCUUUUGGAAGUUCAUUAUCAUUGCAGUCAUUUGCAGCAAGGUCUUCCAAUAGAGGUUCUGUGUAUCUUGAAGGACGCACGAGCAUAUCUUCAAACGUAGCACUUCCUCGGCUGUCUGUGGCUGAGGUCUUACAUGAUUCUACUGGUGAUGCUUUGUCCUCGAACAGGUCUUCAGCUAUCGCAUCUCCAAAUCAGCAGCUAAAACAUCCAGAAACCUUUUCUGUAGGUGAUGGCAUGAGAGUAUCAUCUUCCUCCAGAAAUACUGAACCUGGAGCAUCAGAAGGGUAUGUUCGAGGAAGAUCAUAUAAUAUCAGACUUGAUGACAAAGUUCUACUAAGAUUUUCACCAAAGAACUCUGAGUCAAAUUACUACUUCAGUGAUAUGAUAGGUGGAACCCUUACCUUCUUUCAUGAAGAAGGGCCUAGGAGAUGCCUUGAGUUGACAAUAGCUCUGGAGAUGAUGGAGACUAUAAGUCGGCACUUUGUCCAUCCUUCUCGGAGGCAUUCUCCUAUUAUUACUAAGGUUCAUAGUGAUCACCAUGAGGUUGUUGCAGAUUUAGUACAGACUAGCUUUCUCUUUUCAAUUCCUAUGGAUGGACCAAUGACUUUUUCUACCCGCUAUGUCUCUGUGCAAUGGGCUCUUCGUUUUGAGUUUCUUACUACUCCAAAGAAUGUGGACUGGACAAGAUAUGAGCAUCCUCUUCUGAUCGAGGGAAGAGAGAAAUGUGAGUGGAUUCUUCCAAUUACCGUGCAUGCCCCUCCUCUAGGGGCUGCAGCUGCCCAAUCUCGAAAUGAGAAGUCCUUCUCAUUGGAACCCCUGUGGAUUCGUACUUGAAGGCGGGACGACUGGUGAUGCAACAAUCCAAUUUAACCGCUGAAAGCUAAAUAUUCCAUGGCAAUUGGGUUCUUCUUCUUCCCAGAGAUCGUGUGGUUAAAUGCUGAACUGCUAUAAUAACAGAUUCAGCCACAAAGGUUGACCAUUUAACAAUGUAUCGUCAAGUGGAUGCAGUCAGUAGCGAGAAUGCUUUCCUUCACACUUUAUCAUUUAGAGUCUACAUUUUUGGCACACCGGAAAUAGAACUUCACACUUAUACUAUUUUCUGUUUAGUUUCUGGUCUCUCUCUCUUUCUUCAUCCCUUUGUUACUGUACUUGUGUCUGCGCUUGUACAUUUGUAAAAAAUAAUAAUUCAGCUGUUUUCCAGCGCAUCGAGGCAAAGCAAGGUCUGCCUACAUGGAUCCCAUUUGUUAUUUUUGACGUGCAAAUUUUCUGGUUAUUAAUA